AUGAGUAGUGAAUCAAAAGAUACAUCUAUACAAUUAAACGAUGUCAUUUCAAAACAAGCCAUUACCAACAUUAGUGUGAUCGGUCAAUUCUCACACGGAAAGAGUAUUACUGUGAAAGCACUUACCGAUCAAAUAAAUAUGAUAUGUAAUUUUGGACAACCUUUUCAAAGAAUAAGUGAAUUUCAACAUAAAAUUAAAUUUACCAAUGCAAAGAUCUACAAGUGUGAGAAUCCACUGUGUCAUAGACCAGGUUGUUACCGACAGCAUAGAAGUAACAGUACCGCUGAUAACCCAAAGUGUGAAAACAAUGGAUGUGGAAGUGCGAUGAAGUUGAUUCGUCAUGUUUGUUACAUAGAUUAUCCUACUCACAACGUUUUGAUGGGUGCUCUCUUCAACUGUGAACGGUUUGUCGAUGCAACGAUGCUUGUCAUUGCCAGUAAUGAGCCGUGUCCUCAACAACAGACAGCCGAUCACUUGGCAAUCGUAGAGAUAUUGAAACUAAAGAAUAUUAUCAUCGUACAAAACAAGAUUGAUCUGGUGAGGCAACAAUCGCGAGCAAACGAACAUCACAAUCAAAUUCAACAGUUUGUUAAAGGCAGUGUUGCAGAGGGCGCACCUAUCAUACCGAUUAGUGCACAGUUGAAGUGGAAUAUAGAUGUUCUGUGUGAGCAUGUUGUAACCAAGAUACCUACCUCACCAAUAAGCGACAACUACAAUUCCGCUCCUCAUCUAAUUGUCGUUCGUUCUUUCAAUAUGAAUGCACCCUAUAGGAAAGCGGAGGAAAUGAAAGGUGGUACAGUUCGUGGUUUGUUACUAAGUGGUAUCUUAAGGGUUGGUGACGACAUUGAAAUUCGACCAGGUAUUAUCACUAAGAAUCAUGAUGGUACAUUCAGUUGCACACCACUCUUUUCAAAGAUAGUAUCGUUGUUUGCAGAGGAUAAUGAAUUACAAUAUGCAGUACCGGGUGGUUUGAUUGGUGUUCUAACAAAGCUUGAUCCUUCUCUGUGUAAAAGCGAUCGUCUAGCUGGAAGAGUUUUGGGUCGCGUAGGAAUAGAGCUACCAGAUAUCUCUAUCAGUUUGGAGAUUAGCUUCUUUCUGCUACGCCAUUUACUUGAUCGGCCGAGAACGAGCGAGAGUAAAAUCAGAAAACUAUCCAAAGGUGACACUCUGAUGAUUAUUGUUGGACUGACUGCAAUUGGUUGUCGUGUUACCGCUGUUAAAAAAGAUCUUGCCAAGCUCGCUUUAUUGAAACCGAUCUGUACGAACAAAAGUGAAAAAGUUGCAAUGUUCAGACGUAUUCAAAAGAGAUGGCAUUUAAUAGGUUGGUGUAUCAUUCAGAAAGGAGAACAAUUAUAA